UAUGAAAGCGGCAUGUCUCCUCUCACCUAAAGGUAUCGACCUGCAAGUGGGACAAGGAUAAUAUCUUGAAAGAUUCCGAAUUUGAACAGACGACAACUCGCAAUGGAGACAAAAUGUCCGUCAACAUACCUCGGGACUAAACGGCAACUGAAAGGCCUAAAACGAGCAUGCUGGGAAUGUAAGAGAGCAGCUUGGACUGACAUCUACAAUCCAGCGGAAGACUGACGGCAUAUAUAAGGCAAGAAGAGGAAAACUCAUGGAAGCUCGAGCCAAACGGACGUCAGUAUCUACUCAGUCUCCAGCAUGAGCCUCCCCACCGGACCGAACCGGCUAGGUCAGGAGAACACAUGCCAAAUGCACAUGGGCGAACGGCUCGGAAAGAUUGAGCAACUGUUUGAAAGAUUCGUCUGUCGCAAGAGCUCGGUUGUCGAUCCUCCAGUCACUCCGUGCAGCCCGACGUUAGUGGACCCUUCCGACACGCAGUCCAAGUUCUCCGCAACCGUAUGUUCGGGCGACGAAAAGAGUAUUUCCUCGAUUGGAGACGGAAUUCUUGGUGCUCAAACGUGGAAGUCUGCGCCUGUUAUCCGGACUUUGCCAAGCAAACCGGAAAGCACACAGCCGUCGAGCGAUGAUGCUACCCACCAAGCAUUGACAGCUCUAUUACCUUCGCAACAUGAUGCUAAUAUCAUAUUCGAAUCUUCCAAUGGAUGGAUGAUCCUGACAGGUAUCUACAAUGCGUCUAAAGACAUCUACGUCAAUAAGGACGAGCAAUCAUACGCGCUGGAUAUGGCUGCAGUAACCCGGGAACGCUCGAUCAUUGUUGCUCGGACACUGCUCCACCUCGCAGUAUGCAUCAACUCACUACCACCCGACUUCCGUCAGUCUCGACUUGAGAACAUAUGGUCUCUGGAUGCUACGAUGCAGAACUACGUCAACACUGUCAAUUCGUUGGUCACAAAUGCGGACGAGAAUAUGCUCACACUCCAUGGCCUCGAGUGUCUGAUGCUGCUCGCCGUCUACCACAUGAACAGCGCGAACCUGCGUCAGGCCUGGCUGGUUGUUCGGCGGGCUAUGAACUUGGCGCACCUCAUGGGGUUCCACCGGAUCGUGCGACAGCCGGACUUGGACCCCCCAUUGCCAGCGGUCAGCAAUGCGAAAAGCUUGUGGCGGCACUUUGUCCAUCUCGAUCGGUACCUGGGGCUACAUUUGCGGUUACCAUUUGGGGCAGACGAUGUCCACGUCUCGGAUGAUGCUGAUCUACAGCUUGUUCACCGUGCAAGAAUUAACGCACUCAGCCAGGAGAUUGCAGACCUCGACCACGACAUCAACCCACAAUCAUACGCAAAAGCUCUGGCGCUCGACGAGAAACUGGAAUGGAACAUGCGCCAGAUGCCGGCAGAAUUCUGGGACGUACCCAACAUCCCCUCGACAGCACGGUCGCCUGAGUCGUACGCAGCACUGGAGCGACUCAUGGUACAGAUGUGGCACUUUGAGCUGAAGAUCUUCAUUCACCUACCAUACCUCCUGCGGGCCCCUCACGAGAGCCGGUACGAGUUCUCUAAGGUGACGGCGCUACAGGCCAGCCGCAACGUGCUGAUGCGGUGGUUCGCGCUGCGCAACGCCAGCAUCACACAGGCCUGCUGCCGCUUCGGCGAGAUUGGCGUCUUCAUUGCGGCAGUGACGCUCACGCUCGACAUUGUCAUCGAGCUCGCCAUGAAGGAGAAGAGCGAGGUGCAGAAGACAAAAGGCACAGACUUUGCCAUGAUAUGCCGGCUCAUCGGCGAGAUGGAGAAGCUGGCCAAGGAAUCCACGCGCGAGAAGAUUGCGGGCCGCAGCGCCGGCGUGCUCAAGAAGAUGCUGUCCUCGCUGGACCCGAGCAAGCAGGGCGCGGACGGCGCGCGCUUCACGGUUCCGUUCUUCGGCACCAUGGUGCUCGAGUACAGGAAGCUGCCAGUGCGCCCCGGGUUUGAUCUCGACUCGGAGCCGGGCAAGCGGCUGAACGCGACGGGGCACCACCUGCCCGUUUUUUCAUUUGUGAGCAACGCGCUGUGGCCCACAGAGGAGGGCAGCGACGGCCUCGAUUGGGACAUGGUGCUUUUCGACGGGCUGGAGGACCGCGACAUGCAGGGUAACUGGAUGUUCUAGCGGCGACGACAACAACAACAACAACAACAACAAC